CUUUCGUACUGAUUUAUAUUUAACUUGAUUUAUACUUUAACUUGAUUUCUUUUGAUUUACACAUAUUUUAACUUUUAAUGAUCUGAUAGAAAGGAUUCUUACACAAUCGGUGAAUGAUGACUUGGUAGGAUGAAAAAAUUAGGACUUAAAAUUAGGGCACAAAAGGAUAAAUUAAAUCCUGUGCUUGGAGCUAACUCUGACCCUUCGGAAGAGUAUGAUUCGUUCCAACAAAAUGUUUUUACUCAUCAACCAACCCAACUACACAAAUCUCAUCAUUACACUACACAUCAGAACAAAACCAACCAACACAUUGAUGAUUUAAAUUUUUAUAAUGGUAAAAUCAACCAGAAGAGUAAAAUUGGCCCAGAGAAGGUAGUAGGUAGAACCAGGAAUCUGGUAGAAGGUGAACCACUAUCUAAGGACGGGAAUAAAGGAAAAUCUAAACUUAAGUCGAGAACAGGAUCAAUUUUACCUAGAAUUUUAAAAUCUUUAUCAUUUUUAGCUGUUUUAGGCUCAAUUAAUUCAUUUUCAUUGGCAAUAAACGAUUCUUUUGGACAACACACUUCUCACCGAACACCUUUUGAAGUCUCAUUAAUUCAAAGCAACAACACUUUAUCGCCUAUUCAUAAUUCUCAAACUCGAAACCCACAUUUUCACACCACUCACAACAGUUUUAGCCCUAACACUGCUGAUAAUACUUCAUUAGUAGAAACCAGGAGCAGUGUGUUAAACACAACACUUGGAAGAUUUGGAUCAUUUUUGCAGUCAGGAUUGAUAACCAGCAAAUCAGAAAAAAAGAAAAGGACUGGUGCGAAUAGGAGAGCCCCUAAGGGGAAGAAGGGCAAGGGAGGAGAAACCGAGGAAAAGAGGAACAAAUGGACCGAAUUUAUGGCAAAGUUUGAUAUCGCUAAGGUCCAUGGUUCAGGAGUUUAUGUAGAUUUGGGUGAAUCGGCUACUGUAGGGAUUUAUGACUACAGGAUGCCGAUAGGAAAAUGUCCAGUUGUAGGUAAGGCAAUCAUACUGGAAAAUGGAGCGGAUUUUUUGAGCAGCAUAACCCAUCAUGACCCCAAGGAGAGAGGGUUGGGGUUCCCUGCCACAAAGGUCGCUUCAAAUUCAUCAAAACAAGACAUGGAGAACCAGCUUUUAUCACCAAUUAGCGCUCAGGUUCUGAGGAGCUGGAACUAUAAACAUGAGUCUGAUUUAAGUAACUGCGCGGAGUACUCGAGAAACAUAGUCCCGGGCAGUAAUCGUAAUUCGAAGUAUCGUUACCCAUUUGUAUACGAUGAGUCUGAGAAGCUUUGUUAUAUUUUAUAUAGUCCUAUGCAGUAUAAUCAGGGCGUAAAGUACUGUGAUAAAGACUCGGCAGAUGAGGGAACCAGCAGUCUAGCUUGUAUGUAUCCGGAUAAGAGCAAGGACGAUUCACACCUCUUUUACGGCACAAGCGGUCUUCACAUGGACUGGCCUGUAGUUUGCCCCGUUUACCCUAUUAGAGAUUCGAUUUUUGGAUCUUACGACGAUGAAAAGGAUGAAUGCGUUCCAAUUGACCCAAUAUUUGUGGAAGACGCUGACGAUUAUGAAGAAUGCGCCAAGAUAAUUUUCGAGUAUUCUCCAAGUGAUGUCGAUAUCAGCACCAAUAACCAGAAGCUUUCCGACGUAGAUCUUUACAAGGAGGCAAUGAAUAAUGGAAAGCUCAGCACUGCUCUUUCAAUUAUGUUCGCUCCUAGGUACUCUGAGGAUAGGCCCAUUUACACUAAAGGUGUCGGUAUCAAUUGGGCCACAUACUCUGUCGAAGAAAAGAAAUGUAACAUUCUCGACGUUGUUCCCACCUGCCUUAUUAUAAGUAACGGCUACUACGCCCUUACAAGCCUUAGCUCGCCCAAUGAAGACGACGCCAUCAAUUACCCCUGCAAUAUUGUACAUGGCAAGGGAUUUUUAAAGAACCCUAACACUGGAAAAAAGAAAGACCAGAAGCCACCCGAACCCCCAAAGGAUGAAAAACAGAAUAAGAAGGAGGAAGAAUCCAAACCCAAAGAAAAAGGUAAAACUGAGCAAACGAAUAAAACACCCGUUUCUUCAGGACCAUUCAUACCAUACACGAGCUUGAAGAAGGAGGGAUUUGAGUGUAGUAAAUACGUUAUUGAGCGUUCAAACAAAAGCUGCGGAGUUUAUUACGAAUGCUCAUCAACGCCUAUGUUGUUUGAUAAGAAAUCGAGAUCUUAUCUGUACAUCAUAUUGGCAGUAUCGCUUGUAGUACUAGCCGUAUUGGCCUACUUUGGAUACAGGUACUACAAUAAGCAUAAUUUGAAAAAACACAAUUCCCAGAUAUACGAAGAUGACAACGUAAACAAUUACUACAAUGAUGACUUCGAUGACGAACACGAUCGUGAUGAAUACGGUGCAAAUAUUAGAGAAGAUCAAAUCUGGAGCAGACACAAUCCAGAUAGAUCUGAAGUUACACCAGUGAGAAUCUCUAGACUUAAUCAGUAAACCUAAUUUCUA